UUCUCUAUUCAUUCAACACAAUGGCUACUCGUGAGAUUGCUGUCUACGAUGACAGCUUAUCGCAACGUUUUCGCAUUAUUGGCGUUCCGUAUUCGAACCAGUACUAUACAUAUAGUAUGGAGAAGCUUGAGCGUCUUCGUCCAUGCUUCUUUCCAUUGAUUGAAUCUCGAUGGCGCGAUACCAUUAUUGAUACCACAGAUUCAGUACCUAAACCCGGUCGCUAUGUGUAUGUGCCUUCUAUAAAGGAUGCCAAGGGUGAUUGUGUCAUCAUUGGUACUCUUUACAAGGACAUGAAACUACGUCCAUCACCUUUGGAGGAAUACUCAGAGGAGUUAAAGUUGCGGCAACCUAUGAAGGCGAAGUACACUUCACCGGACGAUCGUCUAUUCAUUGAGGACCAGAGCAUUCGUGUGGCUAUUAGGGGCAGCAUAUUGGAUCCUCAACGCCUGGUCACUGGCCUGGUAAUAUGCCUAAAGGGCAGGAUCAACGAUCAAGGUGAAUUUGAGUGUGAGGACUAUAUGCAUCCUGGUCCUCCACUAAUGUGCCUGGAACCUCGAUCUGAAGAGAAAUACGUUGCAUUUGUUUCUGGGUUAGACCUUGGUGGUCAGACUACUAGUCGUAGUGCGUUACUGCUACUACGCGAUUUCAUUUUUGGUAGUACACCGCUAUCUGAGCUAAGUAGGAAAGUAGUUCGCUUAGUGAUUGCUGGUAACGGCAUUGGCAAAUGUGACGUAUCUGCGUUAUCGCAGUGUGAUGUAUAUUUUGCUCAACUUGCAGGUUCUAUACCUGUUGACCUGAUGCCAGGGAAUGACGACCCAUCUAAUCGCAACAUACCACAGCAACCUAUACAUCCUACAUUCCUGGAGCACAGCAGCCGGUACAGCAGCUUCCAAUCGACUACUAACCCCUAUGCAUUUUCUGUGGAUGGUAUUCGUUUUCUGGGUACAUCAAGCCAGGCAGUGCGCGGUAUUUGUGAAUACAGCCAUUUGAAUGAAUUGGAGGCAUUGAGGCUUACGGCAUCCGCUAGGUUCAUCGCGCCUACAGCUCCAGAUACUCUAGGAUGCCACCCUGAAGCGGCAGUACUGCACUUAACUGAGGACAACGAGUUCCCUCACGUCAUGUUUAGUGGCAAUUCCCAUGAAUAUGCAACAUCUACUAUGGAUGGAUUACCACGGUUGAUUUGCGUGCCUGCGUUUAGUAAGCAGCCUUGUGUUAUAUUGGUAUCUCUAUCUACCUUGGAGCCUAGGCUGAUCAGAUUUGAGUAGUGUUCUUUCUGGGAUACUUGUCUAGUUUC